AUGGCUUGGCUGAUAUGCCUGUGAAUGGAGGAUUACAAGAAGUUAGCCCUACUAAUGUUCUUCCCAUAGAUUCUGUGAUGCGAGUCGUAAGUCGUGCUGCAAAUGUUUCAGAAGGCCAAAGUGAUAUGACAAACGUUACGUUAGAAGGAACACUUGAAGAAACACAAAAUACUACACGCGUGAUAAGACGAAAGGGAAAAUCGUUACAGGAAUACUUAUUCAAUUGGAUUUCAAAAAGCAAACUUCGUGAUACGUGGGAUUUACCGUCUAUUAAAUGGACGAUUGACAAUCAUGAAAGCGAACAGCCUAAAAUUACUUGUUCUACGUGUAAAAUAGCGCCGUUUAACGUAAAUGGUGACAAACAUGUCGGCUGGAAAUUUUCUGCUUAUGUGAAUCACAUCAAUAAUUUCCACAAAAGGAAGCACGGUCAUGAUGCUACAAGUCAUGGGGCAACCCCAGGAACCAGUGGUCAAAGUAAUCAAGCCCAAAUUUCACAAUCACAACCUAAUAGACUUUGCUCCGGAGCAUCUUCAUCAGAAACUGUCGGGUCGGAACCUUCUAACUUGCCUUCUAAUGAGAGCCAGGUUUUCAGUAACGGACAGCAGUAGUGAGUCGUACUCUGUCCAGAAAACGCAAUCAAAAGACUCAAGCUCAAGAAGAACAUUGCUUCAACGCUUGAACAUUCAAGCUAGCGUUCAAAUUAAAAAAAAACCUGGUGGAUAUCGUUACGACAAGGAUAUUGGACUAUUACAUUUUGCCAUGUACAGUUAUAUUCAGGGUGGUCGUAAAUUUUAUGAAGUGUUAAGUGCUAAUUUUGAAGGAAUAUUUCCUAGUUGCAGAACUAUUGAGAGAAAAUUAUCCUCGUUUCACAAAUCAGUACCCGAAGGAGAAGUAAAUGUUGCGUUACUUAAAGAAAUUUUGGAUAAACAUAGACUGCCACCAGUCGUUUCCAUUGCGGAAGACGGAACAGCCAUCGUCGGACAGAGAGAAUACGAUAAAAGGACAAACAGAGUCAUUGGAUUUAGUCUUCCGCUGCGAUGCAAUGGAUUUCCCGAUUCGCUAGCUUCUUCUGUCAGGACCGCCGAGGAUAUUGUUAAUUUAUUCGAAAAAUAUGAACGUGCAGCUGUGGUUAUCACUGUUAUGGCGCAAACCAUGGAUGAGCAAAUCCCGGCUAUCCGGAUUGCUUCUUUCUGUUCAAACAACAGAUUUACGGCAGACGAUGUUAAGCACAGGGCUAAUUAUAUUGAAGCCGAACUAAACAAGUUGGGAAUCCGAAUGCUUACAUAUUCCGCAGACGGAGACAGUAGAGAAAUGAAAAUGAUGCGCCAAGUUUUGAAUUUAGGUGCGCUUCCCCCCGUCUCUCACGACAAAAAAAAGGCAGAAGCGCACAACAAAUAGCUGACGAAACGGGUUGGCUACUGAAACGACAAUGGGAUUUUUUCGCCGCCGAUGUAAUAAACAGUGCAGUGCCAGUACAAGACACAGUUCACAUAGGCGCAAAAUUUCGAACGCGGUUACUGAAAAGAGACCGAGCUACAUUUCUCACAAUAGGUAAAGGGAUUGCUUCGGUGUCUGACCUUGAACAACUCUUAACAGAAGUUACCAAAGGGCAGCACCACUUAAAAAAUGGUGAUCUAAAUUUGCACGACAAAAUGAAUUACGAUGCUGUAAGAAGACUGUGUGACCCUUGUGUCACUGAUAUUCUGUGCGACAAAGUAGCAGGUUCAGAAGUAACGUGCUUCUAUCUUAAGCUAAUGAGACUAAUAACAGCAAGUUAUUUGGAUAAAAGCUUAUCACCACUAGACAGAAUAUAUGGAAUAUGGUAUUCUUGUCUCGCUUUACGGUAUUGGCGACAUUGGCUUCAAGAAAACGGAUACAAACUAGAUAUUAAUUUCAUCACCCUCAACGCGUACAUGUGUGUUGAGAUAAAUGCCCACUCCUUAGUCCUCAUAUCAAGGAGACUAAGAGAGAAUGGAACUCCUCAUCUGUUUCGGCCGUGGCAUUUUGGGAGUCAGAGCUGCGAAUCUUUUUUCGACUUGUCCGGUCGUUGACUUCAACAGAAUCGACCCAAGUAAAUUUAAGUGGAAAAGGUUUUUUCAGUCGUAGCGAGAGAGCGGAUGCCGCAAACCAACUUCUGGGAGAAGGAGAAAACGAUGGAGUUUAUUUCCCGAGGUUUACUCAUGCUUUUGAAGACCAGAGCCAAGACGAUGGCAAAAAUAUUUCUUUCAAUCUUCCUUCUCAUUUACCCUCCGAUGAGGAAAUCGAACGUAUAAUUCGCAAGGCCAUGGUAGAUGUUGACCAUCAGUUUCAAUUAUUAGGUGUGAAAAUGAGAGGAAAAAAGAAAUUUAUGUUCAAUCAAGAACUAGUUCAACGAAUCAAUGUGUCUCGAAAAGAUAAGGAACACCCUGCAGCAUUGAUUGAUAGCAACUUGCUGUUGGAGUUGGAUGACUCCGGUGCAGAAGAAACAGCGGUCGAGGAAAACGUCCAGCCAUGUCCUGACGCGGGUGAUGAAUAUGACAUAGAUGUACUGAAGUCUCUUGGAAUGGCCCAGCUAAGAGAUUUUUCUCAUUUGGUUUCUCGCCAGCUUGAGUCUAGCGCUUUUGCUAGUAUCAUUUGUAAUAAUGGAUCGCAAAUUGUCGUUAAAAAAGCGCGGUCGUGUGGUUUUGUGAAAAUUCAGUUCGGCGAUUAAGCAAUGAUCGCACUUUACGAGUCAUGCAGUUGGCAAAUUUUUCCGAAAGAAGAAAAUUAAAAAUAACUUCUGUUUCAACUCGAAAAGUUGUACAAAUUGGAGACUGGUGUCUUUUUCGGAAUUUGGAAGGGAAUGGUUUUUUUUUGGGGCGAGUUCUCUCUUUUGCAUACUUUAACAGCACUAAAAAAUCUAUUUCCAUGUUUGAAUGGAUAGUUGAUCAAAAAGACCAUGAGGUUGGGGUACUCUGCAUAUGGUAUAAACUAGAUAUAAAUCAAUCUAUAUUUUCGGGAAAAUUAAUCGAAGUACAUGUCCAUCAUGGUUUUCACCCUUGUGUUUCGUAUAUUUGUAGUUGUCCUUCUCCAACAUUUACGUUUGAUGCCCAAGGUUCAAAACAAUUGUUUUUUACCAAUGCAACAGUUAACCAACUAUCAAAUUUUCUCAAGGACAUGACAUUAUCAAGGGACUAAAUAAACUAUUCCGACUCACUACA